AUGGGAAAGAAAAGAGGUCGUGAAGAAGUAUACAACGAGGGCAUAGUCUUCACAGAUGACGACUUGGGAGGAGUCCAGGUGCCCCAUAAUUAUGCUUUGGUCAUAACCCUACGAAUUGGGGAGUAUGAUAUUGAAAGGAUCCCGGUGGAUUCAGGAAGUUGCACAGAGGUGCUGUGUUACGAUGCUUUUAAGAAACUAGGACUGACCCAAGCGGAUUUAGUACAAUCAAUGACUCCUUUGGUCGGGUUCAGUGCAGGAGCAGUCUGGCCAUCAGGCAAAGUAACGCUGCCUGUUCGGGCAGGAACAGUGGUACUGCGAACCAACGUCCUAGUGGUGGAUGUACCAUCUUCUUAUAACAUGAUUAUAGGAAGAACGUGGUUGCACAAGAUGAGGGUGGUUUCCUCCACUUACCAUCAGAUGGUAAAAUUUCCUAGGUCCAAUGGAGUUGAAAAGAUUAGUGAAAACCAGAAGGUUGCCCACCAAUGCUUGAUUUCUAUAAUCAAGAAGGCACCUAAAACAAAAUUGGUCCAAGACGUAGAGAUUCCAGACCAACCGACCAUCGAGGAUGUCGGAGGGGAUCCCGCCGAGAAAGUGGUGGAAGGUUUGAAGAAGAUUUAG